CAGACACCAGCACUUGUUCUAACCAUCUAUACACAUCAAAUAUCAAGACUGCAUGCUCAAAAGAUGGCAGUGUAUGUAGUGCUUGCCGUCGCCCUGCUUGGCUCGUGUUGGGCAGCUCCUCCAACUGAUUCAGAUCUGGUGAAUUAUGAUGUUGAUGCAGACACAUGGGACCUGAACACAUAUGGAGAAACUUAUGACUAUGAUGACUUGGAGGAAGAUUUUGAGGUUGGAACCAUGGCUUCUCCUGUAGCCAUUACUCAUCCACAUCCUGCAGAUAAUCCUGAAAACAAAACUGAAGAAAUAACACUGCUGCCACAGACCAGUACGCCCACAAUACAUCCUGCUCUGGACUUCCAGGGUCCUGGACUUUUUGGCCCUGACACUGGUCUGGGAAUGCCCACCUGCUUGCUGUGUGUGUGCCUCGGUGGUAGUGUGUAUUGUGACGAUGCUGAUUUGAUCAGGAUCCCCCCUCCACCCAAAGACACUACACACUUCUAUGCUCGCUUUAACAAGAUUACUGCGGUCAAAGCAAAGGACUUUCUUAACCUGAAGCUUUUGAAACGAAUUGACCUAACAGGGAAUCAGAUCUCCGAGCUGGAUGAAGACACCUUCCGCACUCUCCCACAGCUCCAGGAACUAUUUUUAGCUGACAACAGAAUCCCGUCUCUGCCUGAGCUUCCAGCCACUAUGAGGCACAUCGAUAUACGAAAUAACCAUCUGACGAGUGCCGGCAUGCACAGAGAAGGCUUUAAGGAAAUGAAAGAUUUGCAGUUCCUGUACCUGUCAGACAACCGACUAGACUACAUUCCUGUCCCGCUUCCUGAGAGCUUACGAGUGCUUCAUCUGCAGAACAACAACAUCCAAAGCUUGAAUGAAGACACGUUCUGCAACAGUCACGACCGAAGCUACAUACGCAAGGCUCUGGAAGACAUUAGAUUGGACGGCAACCCGGUGGAUGUGAACCAGUAUGCUCAGGCUUAUGUCUGCCUGCCAAGAGUGCCUGUGGGAAACUCUCACUAAGUGUUAUUAGGGCAUAUGGCUACUCGACUGGUUCUGCUUCACUUGUAACAGGUGCUAUGAGAGUCACUCUUUUAGAUAAUAUGGCACAUGUAAGUCUUGGCCCUAACUGACUAAUCUUUAUUUUAACUAACCACUCCAAAUGCACAAAAAAUGGAUAGAAAUUAUAUUUAGCUUAUCUUCCUUUUUCUCAUUUAUAAAGAAUUACCUAAGCUCCUUAAGUAUCCUUUAGUAAUCAACCAUCUAUUCAAUAGCUUACCUGAACCCAAUCUUAUACUUCUGUAUGCCAUUUUUGGUCACUUAAUAUGUUUGAAUUCCUUGAAUUGCUGCUGAACACUUAAUAUUAGAACCUUGCAUUUUUGUUUGAAUGUGUAACAAUUUAACCCCUAGGAUAAGUGUGUUAAUAAAACAUCAGUUUCGCACUUAACAUCAGAGGCUUAACCUACUAAUGACCACAUGGUGGCAUUCAGUGUCUUUUUGGAAGCUAUUCCUGAUCUCCACACAAUAUAUAUCUUCCUGCAUUGUUUUAGAAACGCAGACAACCUAACUGAGAGUUCUGUUCAUUCUUC